AUGCGGAACUACAAGGGGUUUGACGCUGUGGAUGUCCAUCUCGCGGAUGAUGGAAUCGUCCAAGCAAUCGGCAGUGGGGACAUUGUCAUGUCGAUGAAGACACCCCAAGGGAUGAAGAAAGGUGUGCUCACAAACGUGUGGAACAUCCCAAAGUUAUCCAGAAACCUGUUCUCGGUCGGCCGCUUCACCAAGGAUGUCGGCCCAGUGACGUUCACGAAGGAUGGGUGCUAUGGAGAAGCGAAAGGGACCAAGUGGAAAAUUGGUGCCCGUGAAGGUAAAGGACUGUUCAAGCUGCAAAUGACUCCAGUGGCGCCGGAACAAGCAAAUGCAGCCAAGUCGUCGGGAUGUCAAGGGGGCACCAAGUCGUACCUCUGGCACCUUCGGCUUGGCCACAUAGGUCACGAUGGACUCAAUUGCAUCGUGACGAAGAACAUUGGAAUUGGCAUCGACAUAUCUUCGGUGAAGAAGUGGGACGUGUGUGAAGGUUGUGCUCUGGGAAAACAGACUCGAGUGCGCUUCCAAUCAAACACUACAGCUCGCACCUCCAAACUCCUCGAAGUGAUUCACAGCGACGUAUGCGGACCGAUGUCGAUGGCAACUUUCAGUGGAAAACGGUACUUCGUGACAUUCAUUGAUGACAAGUCAAGAUACUGUGUCGUCUAUCUGCUCAAGAGCAAAUCUGAAGUUGCGGCGAAGUUCAUGGAAUACGCUGCGAUGGCCGAAACGCAAACCGGAAAGCGCGUGAAGUACCUUCAAAGCGACAAUGGGGGUGAAUACAAGUCCGACAAGCUGGCACGAUUCUGCGCGGAACGGGGAAUACAACAAAGGUUCACACCCCCAUAUACUCCUCAGCUAAACGGAGUAGCUGAGAGAAUGAAUCGCACGCUGGUCGAGUGUGCGCGUUGCAUGAUGGAACACGCUGGACUGGGAAAGAGCUACUGGGGUGAAGCAGUGAUGACGGCGAUGUUUCUUCGAAACCGCUGUCCAACACGUGCCAUUCACCAAGACAAGUCUCCAUAUCAAGUGUGGACGAUGAAGAAACCGGAUUCUGGCCAACCUUAA